AUGUCUUCCUUCGACCACUACGCCCUACUCAAGAACCUCUUCGUCCUCGGCACGACCACUUCUGCCGUCGGUGCUGGUGGCUUGCUCUUCACAUCGUACUUGCACAUUCCUGCAUACGUGAAGAACACGUCGGACGAUUCCCUCUUGACGCAAUGGCAGACCAUGGGCGCCCUGGGCAAAGUCGCUCUACCUCCGCUGGCUCUCAUUGCCGCGGGUGCGAAUUUUGUCAACUCGUACCUCACUCACGGUCAGCCACAGCAGUACCGAUUCAUCGCGGCUGGAGCCUUGAGCCUAGCGAUCCUUCCAUACACUUUCGUGGCGCUGGGUUCCACCAACGGCGAAUUGACCGCGAGGGCUGCGAACAAGGAAUCUGGCGGGGAUCCGGCGGCGAGGGGCCAAGACGUGAGGAGUCUGAUCAGUGAAUGGGGCAAUCGCAGUGCCGUUCGGGGUUUUCUCAUGCUCGCAAGCGCGAUUUUCAGUUAUGAUGCCAUGUUACAUCUGACAUUUUAG